GCCACGGGAGCAGCAAUCAAGCAGCUUUUGGGGUUUGCCACGAGAGACCCUAUGAUGUGGGAACUCCGUUCAGUAGCCUUCACCCGGGCUGUCUUUGCUGAGUUUCUGGCCACGCUGCUCUUCAUCUUCUUUGGCCUGGGCUCUGCCCUCAACUGGCCUUCGGCCCCCCCAGACAUCCUGCAGAUCUCGCUGGCUUUCGGCUUGGCCAUCGCCACGCUGGUCCAGGCCCUGGGGCACGUCAGCGGGGCGCACAUCAACCCGGCAGUGACAGUGGCUUGCCUGGUGGGCUCUCACAUCUCCUUCCUCAGAGCUGUCUUCUACGUGGUGGCCCAGCUUCUGGGGGCAGUCGCCGGGGCAGCUCUCCUGCACGAGCUCACCCCACCGACCAUCCGGGGACACUUGGCCGUCAACAGGCUGCACAACGACACGACUCCAGGCCAGGCCGUCACCGUCGAGCUCUUCCUCACCUUCCAGCUGGUGCUGUGCAUUUUCGCUUCCACCGAUGACCAGAGGAGCGAUAACGUCGGCUCGCCGGCCUUGUCCAUUGGCCUGUCUGUCGCCGCGGGUCACUUGCUGGGGAUCCACUACACCGGCUGCUCUAUGAACCCCGCCAGAUCUUUUGCCCCAGCUGUGAUAGUAGGAGACUUCAGCGCCCAUUGGGUCUUCUGGCUAGGGCCCUUGGCUGGCGCAGUGGUGGCCUCGCUGAUCUACAAUUAUAUUCUCUUCCCACACACCAAGACCCUAUCAGAGAGACUCGCCAUCUUCAAAGGCUUCGAGCCUGAGGAGGACUGGGAAGAGCGCGACGUUCGCCGGAGGCAGUCGAUGGAGCUGCACUCCCCGCAGACUCUGCCAAGGGGCAUGACGGAGAAAGUCUAGCGAAGCCCCCAUGGGCUGCAAAAGGAGCUAGCCACAUUCUCUGGCCUCUGUUCUAGACAAGCACACGUCGUGAGUGACAAAUGCACUUUCCCCUCUUUUGCCGAGGAGUAAAGGUGCCCCGAGGUUGCCCCAAUGAGCCAUAAAAGGUUUGCUCCCAUUGUUAGCUGUGCCCCGUUCCCUGAGCAAUUCAUGUAACCUUCCCUACGCUCGCCAGCUUUCCACCUUUACGAUCCAUCAACAUCCCCUUGCCUGAACCAAACACCGGCUCCACCUACAGAACAUACUGACCCCUAGCAGCCUCAGCAUGGCAACCCCAGGAGGCAGAACUCCUGGGUCCGAUUCCCAGCUCUGCCACCGAACGUCAUGUGCCACGUCACUUCUUUUCUCCGUACCUCAGUUUCCCCAUCUGUAGAAGGAGGGUAAGACUACUUCCCACCUCACUGAGCUCUUGGGAUGGAUUCACAUUUGCUGAGCACUUGAAAGCACUAUAUAUUAGCAUUGUUUUUUAUUACUGUUGUCAUUUAAUGGAGCGGGGAGAUUGCUACCUAUUCUGGUCCACUUUCCCCCCGCCUCCCGCCCCACCCCAUCUCACACUUCUCUCUCUGCUAUGGCUGCUUGGAUACAGAUUGGAGUUUGCCACAUGUAACGAGCAGCAAGCGUCUCACACUUUGCCGAUUCUAUGCAGGGAACAGCACAGAAGGUUUUCCUCAGAGAUAUGAAGGAUACUUCAUUCAUCCUACCAGGAGAGCUUUUAUAAACUUCAUCUGGCUGGUUCCUCCGGGCUGCCAGCUCCCAUGUUUCGAAAGAGAACUACAGCCCCUCUGUAUGCCCCAGAGCCAUCUCCCUGCUUGUUCCCUAGACAUUUGCCUCCAAGUCUAACUCACUGUAUUCCCAAGCUCCUUCUUAUUCCUGUAUUAAAUUGUCAUCAGGCAUCCUUGUGAGGCUCUUAAAGAGAUGCCGCAUCCCACCCCAGAGGUGGCUGCAUUUGCCCCAGCAGGUAAAGCAGCGGAGACUUAACCUGUUCUAUGUCAGGAUGGCUCCCUGCCCCCAAGCCUCUUCUUCCAAUCAGAAUAGUUAAAAAAAAAAAAAAAACUUGCCCUGCCUCUCUGUAGAUUGAGCUAAAGUGAUAGAAUUCACUGAUUUAAAAUGUGAGUUGAGUCAGUUGCAAAAAAUAUAAUUGAAAUCACCAAUUUUCUUUUCUUUUUUAAAAAAAAAUUCUUAUUUUAGUUACUUUCCUAAGGAAAACUUAAUUCUCACUGGCUGACAGAAGAACCCAAGAAACUUACCCAAAACUUACCUUAGCAAUCAGAUGGCAUAAAUAAUGACUGUAUAUAUCUAUUCAGAUUCUUCAUUUUUACAUUUCCACGCUAACCAAUAUCAGUGACUGUUCUCUUUCUGCUACAGACAUUUAACUUAUUGUUCAUUGUGAUUGUAUGGAAAGCUAAAAUGAAAUGGAACGAAGCCAUGAAAAUGAUUCUUUUAAACAUGGUUGAAUAUUUGUUGUAUUAAUUUCAAAUAAAGCACUUUAAAUUUGC